UAUCAAUCGAACUAAAACCACCAACUAAGGCCCCUUUAUUCAGCAUUGCUGUUAGGGGCCCAGAAAUAACGUUGCAUAAAUUAAAUGAAAAUUAUAAAUAUUCAGUAUUCACAUUUAUGCAAUCAAUGUAAGGUAAUUACUUAAACUCAACAGCUUACCAGGAAAAGACAGAUAUAUUAUUAAUGUUAACAUAAAACAAAUCUUAUAAGUUAAUGGAAUUAAUCAGAAUCAAUUCCAGUUCGUAUCACAGCACGAUAAGUGUAUUUGCCCAUAAAGGUAAAUUAUCCAUAAUAAAGGGCGUUAUGUACUGUAGGUAAACACUUGACGAGACAUCGCCUUCACAUCGUUCACCGUAUUCCUAACAAUUUUUGCUGUGACUCUCACGGACGAGAUUUAUUCAUCUUGCUCUACAAAAUGAUACGUAUUACAAUCAUUGUCGCUUGUGCUUUAGCAUUCACUGGUAUUGUGGCAGGUGAGCCAACUUGCGAGGGAUAUUCAAAUGAACAAUGUGAGAAAUUUGUGGAGAUGGGUGUUGCUAUGGCCUACGUGAACGGCAUCGACAAAGUAGAAGAAUUCACAGAACAUUUUCAAGACCAGUUCAAGGAAGCUAUUGCUAAAGUCUCUAAUGAUUACGUCAUCCUUACUGUCAUGCCCAAAAAUGUUCUAAUCGUUGACGUCACUUCAAUGAACAGUCGGGUAAUCAUUCAUUUUCUGGUGGUCAACCCGUCAGGAUCUAUUGUACUUCCAGUCGCGUUCAGAAGCCAUGAGCUCUACUUGAUGUGUGAACUAAACGACGAUACAAUCGACGAUAUGCUGGAUUACAGCAUCGCACCCAUCGAGCCAGAGACAGAUUAUAAGCUGGCUAUUCCUCCAUGGGCCAUCGCUAUAUCAUGUUACUUGGGUGUAAUUUGCAUGUGUUACAUUGGUUACACCGUAUACCAGGCUAAUCGACAGUUCAAAAAUUUGAAUGACCAAACAGAAAACUAUGAAAUGCAGUCUUCCAUGGAGAAAGGGCACAACUUACGACUACACAUCAAUGAUAACGGUAAAUCGGAUGACGUAAGUGCGCCAAACGAGAAGGGAACGCAGGUUCGACAGCAGCAAAUAAGAACUGAGACUAGUGUAGUAGAAGUGAUCGUAGAAUCGCCAACUUCUGACUUAGCAAACGAUGAAAUACCACCGCCGUAUACAAGCGAUAGCAGCUCAUCGGGCAGUACAGCUGGGGAUCAAGCGGCUGCUAAACCUGCUGCAGCGACAGAAUCAACCUCAGCAGACAUAGACCAGCUCCCGUCAGGGGAACACCUACCGCCAGCCUCGCCAAAUGUACCGGGUCCACCUCCACCUUCAUCUGAACCAAAUUACGUAAAUACACUUCCGUCAGAUGAAAGCUUUCUGUCAUCUCCCGCACCCGAAGAGACGAAUGAAAAAGACAGACUAACACAAGGCGAGAAGGAAGCCACAGCUGCCCUCGACGGGAUCGUCAAUGGUGCAUUUAAUGACGACGACGAAAACGACAAAAACGACAAACUUACAAGUCUAUAGGACUACAUACAUUUUCAUGUUACAUAUUGUGUUCUGAUCUUUGACGUUUCUGCUUUAUAUAUAAUCGAGAAUUGUGGCUAUAUUUGCUAAUGUUAAUUUAAUGAUAUGUUUUAUUUUUGAUUUGGUAAAUUGAUUUUAUUUUGUAUUUAGUAAAAUUAUUUGCAAGCGGUUUUAAAAAUCGGUGUAGCACUGGAGAUCACCUCACGUUCUACAUAUUAAGAGUGUUAGGAGAAAUCUGGAUACUUCGAAUUUGGAGCAUGAAGAAAAAUAAGAUGAACAUUAUGAAAACUUAUAAUAAUUUUAUAUACAUAAUGUUAUUCAACGAACAGUUGUAGCUAUUUUUGGAAAUAUAUUUUUAAAACGUACCGUAUUUUACAAAAUAUUGCAGAGACGGAUAUUCAACUCACUUACAAAUCAACCGGUCUUUAUUUUCCUUUCAUGUAUUAAAAUGAGCAUUGUCCAAACCAUAUUUAUUCCAUAAAGAUAAAGUUAAAGUUGUUCAAAUGAACUUUCAUGUAUUAGAUUUAAGCUGAGAACUGGAAGCUAUUAAAAGUUUGAAACAUUUUUAUCUCUAGAGGGCGUAAUCCACUUUGAAUGUACAAAACCAUGGAACAGGAUCUGUACUGUCAAUCUAUUCCGAAAAGAAAGCAUUUAUUAUUCGAUAGUCCGUCAUAAAUGAGAUAUUUUAAGAAUAAAAUAGAAGUAUCAUA